AUGGGUGCCCCGCUACAGAGUGUGGUAGUGGCGGCGCGGAUGCUGAGUCUGCUCUGGGGCAAGGAAUUGGUCGGAGUAAACCACUGUGUUGGACAUAUCGAAAUGGGCCGUCUCAUCACCGGCGCGACAAACCCAGUCGUCCUAUAUGUCUCUGGUGGAAACACACAAGUCAUCGCAUACAGCUCGCAGAGAUACCGUAUUUUCGGCGAAACUCUCGAUAUGGCAGUAGGAAACUGUCUAGACCGGUUCGCGCGCACACUGCACAUCUCCAACGACCCAGCACCAGGAUACAACAUCGAACAGCUAGCAAAGCAAGGAAAGCAGCUGGUCGAUCUCCCAUACGUCGUGAAAGGCAUGGAUUGUUCAUUCUCGGGUAUCUUAGCAGCAAUUGAUGGCCUUGCCAGGGAGUGGGGGUUAGGUGGGGAAGAAAAGGCGAAGGAAGACGAACAGAAGAAUAUUCAGAAGAGCGUCAUUGCUGCAAAUGAGGGUCUGGAGAGCACGCCUACCCGUGCAGACUUAUGCUUCUCCCUUCAGGAAACUGUCUUCUCGAUUCUUGUUGAGAUCACUGAGCGCGCCAUGGCGCAUGUUGGCUCGAAGCAGGUCCUUAUUGUGGGCGGUGUUGGCUCCAAUGAGCGCUUGCAGGAGAUGAUGGGGAUUAUGGCGCGGGACCGUGGCGGCAGUGUUUAUGCCACAGAUGAACGGUUCUGCAUUGAUAAUGGCAUUAUGAUUGCGCAGGCUGGUAUGCUGGCAUAUGGGACGGGCUUCCGGACUCCCUUGGAAGAAUCUACGUGCACGCAACGAUUCCGGACAGACGAGGUGCUUGUCAAGUGGCGGGAUUGA